AGGAGGGGGGGGAGGAGGGGGAGGGGAGGGGCACCGGGGGGUCAGAGGUCACCACGGGGGAACUGGGGGCUCCAGCGGUGGGCUCAGCCCCCAAGGGGUCAGGAGGCAGUGGACCGCUCCUCACAGCCAGCGGCAAGAACCCCAUCAUGGAGCUCAACGAGAAGCGUCGGGGACUCAAAUACCAGCUGCUGGGGGAGGCCGGGACCGGCUAUGACAAGAAGUUCACCAUGCAGGUGGAGGUUGAUGGCCAGGCCUUCCAGGGCUCUGGGCCCAACAAGAAAGUGGCCAAGGCCCAGGCCGCUCUCACAGCCCUCGACGCCCUCUUCCCCACGGGGGGAGGGGCCUCGGGCGGAGGGGGAGGAGCCUCGGGGGGAGGAGCCUCGGGGGGAGGGGCCUCGGGGGGAGGGGCCUCGGGGGGCCCCGCCCCCGCGGCGCCCCGCGGCAGGGGGGGUGCACGGCCCCCUCCG